AUGAAACACACACUUUGGUGGAACUUGGCCAGAUUGAUGGUGUUAUGGAGACUGGCACAUGCACAGUCUGGUCCUGAUGGGGAGAUCACCGCAGAAGAACAAGUUCAGAUGCUCCUGGAUGCCAAACUUCAGUGCCUCCACACAGUCUCUACACAUGACCAAGCAGUGGACAUGUGCCCUGCAGAAUGGGACGGAUUGAUCUGUUGGCCACAAGGUUCCCCUGGAUUUCUGACCAAAGUACCGUGUCCCAGAUACAUCUAUGAUUUCAACCAUGCAGGCUUUGCCUACAGGAAGUGUGAAUCUAACAGUUCUUGGGUGCUCGGAGAGGGUUUGAAUAAGACGUGGGCCAAUUACACAGAGUGUAUAAAAUCUCCUGGGCCAAACAGUGAGCGACAAGUAUUUUUUGAGAGGCUUCACAUCAUGUACACUGUGGGGUACGCCGUGUCCUUUGGGUCGCUUCUGGUGGCCAUCCUUAUCAUCGGGUAUUUUAGGAGGUUGCAUUGCACAAGGAACUACAUCCACAUGCACCUGUUCGUGUCCUUCAUACUACGUGCUAUAAGCAUCUUCAUAAAAGACCGGGUGGUGCACACCAGCGCUGGACUCCAGGAGUUUGAUGCCGUGCUCAUGAAUAAUCUCACAAACACGGUGGAUGUGGCACCAGUGAACACCUCUCAGUAUAUAGGCUGUAAGGUGACAGUUCUUCUGUUCAUCUAUUUCCUGGCAACAAACUAUUACUGGAUCCUGGUGGAAGGCUUGUAUCUACACAGCCUCAUCUUCAUGGCCUUCCUGUCAGACACUAAGUACCUGUGGAGCUUCACUCUGAUUGGAUGGGGUGUACCUGCCCUCUUUGUGUCAGCCUGGGCAAUCGUAAGGGCAACAGUGGCAGAUUCCAGAUGCUGGGAGCUAAGUGCAGGCAACAUCAAAUGGAUUUAUCAAGUCCCCAUCCUGACAGCCAUUGGGCUAAACUUUGUCCUGUUUGUGAAUAUUGUUCGAGUUCUGGCAACCAAGAUCCGGGAGACCAACGCAGGCAGAUACGACACAAGAAAACAGUACAGGAAGCUGGCUAAAUCCACUCUGGUGUUGGUGUUGGUUUUCGGUGUACACUACAUCGUGUUUGUGGGGAUGCCGCACACCUUCAAAGGAGUCGGCUGGGAAGUGCGCAUGUACUGUGAGCUGUUCUUCAACUCCUUCCAGGGUUUCUUCGUGUCCAUAAUCUACUGUUAUUGUAAUGGAGAGGUCCAGACAGAAAUAAAAAAAACCUGGACACGCUGGAAACUGGCCUUCGACUGGAAGGGUCCAGUAGUAUGUGGCACUUACCGUUAUGGCUCAGUGCAAACAGGCCUCAACAACAGCACUGGCAGCCAAUCACACCUGGCCACAGGGGCACCUGGUACACGCUCUACCACGCUCUUCUCCAGUCGCGUGUACCGCAGCACCGGAGCACCGUCCAUCAGUGCCCACAUGGCGCUGCCAGGCUAUGUGCUUAACAACUCGGACGCCGACAGCCUACCACCAUCGAUUCCUGAGGAGUCAGAGGACAGUGCAAAGCAAGUGGAUGACAUUCUGCUGAAAGAGUCACUGCCUGCACUUCCCAGUAGUGGUCCUGAAGAUGAUGAAGAGACUUUGUAAGAUAACAAUAUCUGAACUCUGGCAUAAUAUUGAAACAUUUCAUCUAAUGAGAGGAUGUUAU